AUUUUAGUAUAUAUAUAUUUGGCUUCCCAUUUUGGAUUUGGAUUUCAUUUAUCAAAUUUGCCCCAAUUUCUCAAAUCUAUCCAACCAAAGGAACCAUUUUUCUUCUCUUCCAAUCUAUAAAGCUACCACCUUUAACCCUAAUUCUCACCAUUCUUAGGGUUUUUUAUUUUAUUUUAUUUUUUCUACUGCUGAUCCAUCGCCAUGGAGAACUCCGGCACCGCCGCCGGCACCACCGCCGGCGGCCUUCCUCCUCUGACAUCGCGCUUCACCGCUGCAUUUGGGGUGAAACCGGAGUCGCAACUGCCUUCUUCUCUGGACGGCGAUGCCGGUGGGCGAUUGUUCAGCAAGGACGUUAGCUCGAUGCCGGACCUCCCGCCGCGAAACCACGGCCACCGCCGGGCUCGGUCGGAGAUCCUCAGCCUCCCGGAUGACAUCAGCUUCGACAGCGACCUCGGCGUUGUCGGCGCUGAUGGACCUUCGUUGUCGGAUGAGACGGAUGAGGACGUGAUCUCCUUGUUCAUGGAUGUUGAGAAGCUCGCUGCUUCUUGUGCUGAGAGCUCUGGCAAGGCUCUGGUGGGGUUCCAGAUGGAGAAUGCGGCGUCGGAGUUGAAUGCGAGACCGAAGAUCAGGCACCAACAUAGUCUGUCUAUGGAUGGCUCAGCUUCGAUCAAGCCGGAGUUUUUGAUGCAGGGCAAUGAGGUACCGACGCUUGCUGAGACGAAGAAGGCCAUGUCAGCCCAGCAACUCGCUGAACUUGCUCGGAUUGAUCCAAAGCGUGCCAAGAGGAUUUGGGCAAAUAGGCAAUCUGCUGCAAGGUCAAAAGAAAGGAAGAUGCGCUACAUCCAAGAGCUUGAGAGGCGAGUGCAGACCUUGCAAACAGAGGCGACAACAUUAUCUGCUCAACUGACCAUGUUGCAGAGAGAUACCACUGGUUUGACUGCUGAAAAUAAUGAACUAAAACUGCGUCUGCAGACGAUGGAACAGCAAGUUCACUUACAGGAUGCUUUGAAUGAUGCGCUAAGAGAAGAAGUGCAACGAUUGAAACUAGCAACAGGCCAACUUAACAUGGUGUCCAACAGUGGGCAGAUGGUGGGUUUUGGAGGCUCCAACUAUGGACUCAAUCAGCAAUUCUUUUCACAGAAUCAAUCAAUGCAAUCACUUCUUGCAGCACAACAACUCCAGCAACUCCAGAUCCAUUCUCACCAGCAUCCACAACAGCAGCAGCAGCAGCAACUUUCUCAUCAGAAUCAGCUUCAGCAUCAACCUCAGCAGACACAGCAGCAAACAUCAAUGAAGACCAUGGGAGUCCUGAAUUCUCCCAACCAAAAUGAGACGUCAUCCAGUAGUAAUGCCGGCCCAAAGGAAUAAACAAGUCGUCAUGCGUCCCGUGCAGUGUUCUUUGUUAACAGACUUUAAUCUUAAAUCUUGAAUUUCAUAGAAGAACUAUAUGAGAUAUAACUUAUGAUGUCGUAGGAGAAGUCGAGUCAUGUUUUAUACUUUUAUGAGUUCAUGGACUUAUGCUUAAGAAUCUCCUUAAGAUGAUUACCUUCAUAGUUUAUGGUUUUAUCAA